AUGGAGAAAGAUAAAGAAGAGCAAGAUAGAACAAGGAAGGAAGGAAGGAGGCACCGGCAUGGAUCUCGGAAGCUGGUGGGUUUGCCACGUGGAGAGAUGUCAGGAGAUAGAAGCAUGGCCGGGCAUACUGAUCUCCGGUGUCGACGGGGUCAAAAGGGAACGAAAGGUUGGCUGCCGGCUUUGAUUUGUUUGGAAGCAAAAUCUACUGCCACAGUUACCAACUACAGUUCCAGUGUCGUGUUUUCUCUCACAAAAGCCAAACGUUGA